AUGUCCGGAGCAAACUUUCUCAUCCGACGACCAACUCCAGUCUCCAACGAAUCCUCGGAUGUAGAUGCAAACGGCUUCAAAGUCCCUGCUGUCCCCCAGCGUCUGCGCGAUGAAAAGUCUUCACGCGCCGGCUCGCCACUAAACCCGAAUGGCAAGCGACCGCUCAACUUUGACGAUAGCGAUGAAGAGGAAACAGACUUCACAGAGGAACUCGUCGUUGGAUUUGAUGCUAUGGGUGCACAGCGGUGCGUCGCGUCUGAGCACGCUUUUCAGAACGACCCAUCUCAUCGCUCACCAAAGUAUCUUUUAAACUUGAACAGUGCAAACGAUUCGCUUGGAAAACCUGGUCCACUCGUAAUUCCGGCUUUGCCCAAUAAAGACUGGAAAGCUAUUGCGAGGAAGCGCAAAAACUACGUUCCAGAUGAAGGCAGGAUGAAGAUGGGAGGUGACAGUAGCCAAGGAGGACUGGGAACGCGAGACACGAUCAAUGCAGGACCUCAGCAGUCCGGCCUUGUCGUCUUUAAAAAGCGCAAGAUCGAAGACGAGGACCACAAGAUGGAAGAAACGGAACAACACAUGGAGGCGGAUGCAGAUGAAACUCUGAAUCCAGAGGACGCUCUCACCGACGAGCAACGAGCAGUCAAUGCUCUUCUCAAUGCCGCAAAGCGAGCCAACGAUGGCGAAGAUGUCGAUGCGCUUCCUCUGGUCGCAAUCCCGAUGAUGCAAUCCAAGAAUGCAAACCGAGUUGAGGCAGAGACCAAAGCGUUCCAGCAAGAUACGGAGGAUCUUCCCGACGAGCCCGACAGAGCCGCCUACGAACGCAUGCCAGUAUCACAAUUUGGCACUGCUCUGCUCAUGGGGAUGGGUUGGAAGCCUGGACAAGGCGCGAGUAAAUCGGGAAAGGGGCCUGUCGAAGCCAAAGUUCCAGCAAUGCGACCUGCACUGUUAGGACUUGGUGCCAAACCCGACGACUCUGUUACCGCCAGUUCCUCAAAAGGUGCACCCAAGCCCAGCAAACGCUAUAUUCCAAUCGUCGCAAAGGAGAGGGAACGGGAAGGAGAGAGCUCGAGGGAGGGAUCUCGUCCUCGUUCUGACCGAGAGCGAGAACGAGAUAGAGAGAGGGAUAGGAGGGAUGACGAUUCUGAUCGUCGUGAUUCAAGGAGGCGAGAUGACGAUAGAAGGAGAGACGAAAGACGAGAUGACAGAAAGGACGAUAGACGCGAAGACCGGAGAGACGACAGGCGCCGCGACGAUCGUAGACGAGAUGACAAGUAUUCUGAUCGACGGGACGACAAGUAUUCAGAUCGACGCGAGGAAAAAUACUCGGACAGACGAGACGACAAGUAUGGAGACAGGCGGGAUGAUCGUGAUCGUCGAGAUGACUCUAGACGUCGACGAUGA